UAUUGCGAUAUUUGCUUUUAAACUCGAUAUGUUUAAUCAUGAGUUUACACGAAGGCAAACUAAUGGGCAUAAAGCCCAAAAGAAAAGUUUAUCAACCCCACGAACUUCCAACAAUUAUCGUAGAAACUCCUCAAGGUUUACAAGUUUCCAUCGAUACCAUGUACGACGAAUCAAGAGAUUUAUUCGACGAAACCGACUGUAAACCAACAAAUCAAGAAGAAACCCCAACAAAACCAUCUCGAAUUCGACGAAACAGUAUAUCCCUACCAAAUUUAGACGAUCUUGAAGAACAAGUCUUUGGGAUCCAGGAUGAAGAAAUUUCAAUAUCCAAUAACAGAUUUUCGUCAACGGAGCCUUCUGAUGAUGAAGAGUUUCAAUUCGAUUUUGAAAAACCUUUGGAAAAACGAGUUCCUCUUCGGAAUGUUAGAAGGAAAUCUGUCACUUCUGCCGUUCCAAAGAUGCUUAAACCCGGUGAAUUGGAUAGUUCUGGCGGGUAUUCUCCGGGGACUUCUAUUACGUCGGUUAAUUCGCUAGCCAGUUUACUCAAAGAAAAGAUACAGAACCUCCCCUCACAAAUCCGGAAGAAAAAACCAAAAGAAUACAAAAUCCGCGCAUUCGUCGGAUUCCUAUUCAUCGCAAUCGUUUUCCUCGUCGGAUUCGCUUACGUCCUAUACCAACAAAAACUCCUCCAAAAAGCCUAUUUCGACAAAAUCAAAUUCAACAAAGCAAAACGCGAAAUCAAAUUUUUCAACAACGACGGCGUCAACAUCAUCAAAGGAAACCUCGGCACCACGUUACCAAACAACAAAAUAUUCCCAUGUUUACCCCAAAACACCCGCAACGACGACAGCAUUUGCUUAGAAUGGAUGGACGGAGCCCGCCUUUACAUCGAUUUAUUCCAAAUGAACCCCGAAACACGUUGUUACAAUUUCCAAUGGAUUUCUUUAAACGAAAAGGUGGAACCAACAGAUUGUUUCGAUUUAGUCCCCGGUGAAUAUUGGUACGGAGGGGGGCAAAAUCAAGAUGUAUCUUGGCCAUUAAAUAAGUUAAAUCACGAUUUUGUCCCGUUUAUAACCGGCAGUAUUGAGAAACAUCAAUGGGGGAAUGUUUUAAAGCGUUAUUUUAUUAAUUCGCGGGGUGUUGCUAUUUUUAUAAGCGAUUCAGCCCCUCUUUAUAUCUCGAUUAAAAAUUCAACGGGGUUAAUAAAACAGUUUUGUUUGAAAGCGAAAUACGACGAUUUCGCUUAUUUUAAUAAAAUAACUUCUUAUCCUACGUUAAAUUACAGCAUUUGUACCGCCCCUAACACAACUAUUUUGCACUCUAAUUUAAGUAAGAAAGAUAAUUGGGAUGGGUUAAAACCCUUUGAGGAUGAGAUAAUUGAUAGUUUAUUAACCGAGCCGUUAUGGGAGGUUCCCUCGACGUCGAAAAGCGAGUUUAAUGAAGAAACUUUAUCGACUUAUACCCAAAAUAUAAUGAAUUUGGGUUUUUUGAAACAAGGGCAUGUUUUGGUGAAUGAAUUUUGGCAGAAAGAAAUUGGUGAUUUUGCUUUGGAUGUGGAGCGUUUUGCUAAUUUUGAGAAUAUGAUGGAGGCUUUACAUCGGAGGGGGGUACGCUUGGUUGUUUCAAUCCAGCCGUUUAUUUCAACGGAGAGUUUGAAUUUUGCUGAAACGGUUCGAAAGCGACUAUUAAUUUCUGAGAGAGGGAGUGAUGGGAAAAUUCCUGCUUUAACUCGGUAUAAAUCGCUUGAAAGUGCCGCAGUUUUGGAUAUAACGAAUAAGAAUACUUCGCCGUGGUUGAUUGAGAAGUUAAAAUUUUUAAUGGAGAAGCACAAAUUUAGCACUUUUUUCAUUGAUUUCGGCACUGCUUACAACAUCCCUCAUUAUUAUCAAACCGAGAUGGAUUUAUUUAAUCCUGAUCAAUACAAAACUUUAUUUAUAAACAGCUUACAAGACACCGUGAGUAUUUUUGGGGUAAACAGCGCGGUUCAAGAACCCAAAGUCCCCAUUUUUGUUUCAUUACCCCCAUUUCAAUCGUCUUGGGAAGGAUUACGCCGCGUUAUCCCAACCGUUUUAACUUACGGGUUAAUUGGGUAUCAUUAUUUAAUCCCCGGCGCUGUAGGAGGUGAUUACGAAGCCUCUUUCACCACUAAAACAAAACAAAACGUCACUGGAAUCAACAUUGAGUUACCCGAUAAAGAAUUAUACAUGAGAUGGUUGCAAUUAGCUACUUUUUUGCCUGUUAUGCGAUUCACCUACUUACCUAGUUAUUACAGCGAUGAAAAAGUCUUGGAGAUGGCUAAAGUUAUGGCUUCGAUACGACAAGUUACGAUAACCCCGUUGUUAAAAAAAUACGUUAAAGAAACUCUUCGUCAUGGUUUGCCGUUAAUUCGUCCAUUAUGGAUGCUUCAACCGAACGAUCCGGCUUGUCACGCGGUUUCCGAUGAAUUUGCAAUUGGGGAUGAGUUGAUUGUCGCGCCCGUUUUGCAUUCGGGGGCGCGUCAAAGAGAAGUUUAUUUACCUGCGGGGGUUUGGAUGGAUGGGAUUGAUAGUAGUAAGCGAAAGGGAAAUCGGUGGAUUCACGAUUAUAAAGUGGAGGAGGAUAAAAUUGCGUAUUUUAGGAAAAUGCCUGAUGAUACGAGGUUGUAAAAAAUAAUUUUAUAAAGUUAAGUAAAUAGUAAGAGGAAAAAUGUAUUAAUUUAAUUGAUU